UUCCGCUUCCGGCACCUGACGCAGUUCUGCCAUGGCCUCCGGGGAAGCGAGCGGACCGUCUCCCAAGUCUCCGCGGGAGCCAGAGCCGCGCACCCCGCGACAAGACAAGUAUUCGGUGCUUUUGCCCACCUACAACGAGCGCGAGAACUUACCGCUUAUUGUGUGGCUGCUGGUGAAGAGCUUCUCCGAGAGUGGCUUCAACUAUGAAAUUAUAAUCAUAGAUGAUGGAAGCCCAGAUGGAACAAGGGAUGUUGCUGAACAGUUGGAGAAGAUCUAUGGGUCAGACAAAAUUCUUCUAAGACCACGGGAGCAAAAGUUGGGACUAGGAACUGCGUAUAUUCAUGGGAUGAAACAUGCCACAGGAAACUACAUAAUCAUUAUGGAUGCUGAUCUCUCACACCAUCCAAAAUUUAUUCCUGAAUUCAUUAGGAAGCAAAAGGAGGGUAAUUUUGACAUUGUCUCUGGAACUCGCUACAAAGGAAAUGGAGGUGUAUAUGGCUGGGAUUUGAAAAGGAAAAUAAUCAGCCGUGGGGCCAAUUUUAUAACUCAGAUCUUGCUGAGACCAGGAGCGUCUGAUUUAACAGGAAGUUUCAGGUUAUACCAAAAAGAAGUUUUACAGAAAUUAAUAGAAAAAUGUGUUUCUAAAGGCUACGUCUUCCAGAUGGAGAUGAUUGUUCGGGCAAGACAGCUGAAUUAUACUGUUGGCGAGGUUCCAAUAUCAUUUGUGGAUCGUGUUUAUGGUGAAUCCAAGUUGGGAGGAAAUGAAAUAGUCUCUUUCUUGAAAGGACUAUUGACUCUCUUUGCUACUACAUAAAAGAAAGUUAUUCAUUUAUACUUAAUCAUGUUCAUUUCAAUUUAAACAUAAAAGAAGCCUGGUUGCCGAUUUUUAUAAAAUGUACUCUUAGAACAUAAAUCAUAAGGUAAGGUAAAUUUCAUGCAAAUCUUUUUUCCUGAGAAACUCCAUUUUAUAUGUCAAAUUAAAUUAGAAAAAUGAGCAGUGUUCUCAAUUUUCGUUUACAUUUUGCUGUACUAAGACCUAUAAAUAAAUGUAUAUGAAAUUUUUGCAUAAAAAUAAUGCUUUCAUUAGAGUAUGCAAAUGCAGGAUUUCUUACAUGGGAAAGAUUUUGAAAUAUUCUUUAUAAAAACUGUAUUCAUAGCUCUGGAUUCAUACCUAAUACAUGUCAGAAGUAAGAGGAGUGCUAAUUAUAUUCAUGAAAUACACAUAUGAUACAUGGCUGUUUCUAUAUGAACUAAAAAAGAAAUACACACCUCUGCCCUUUUUUUUUUUUUGGCUGUGCUGCGCAGCUUGUGGGAUCCUAGUUCCCCAUCUAGGGGUCAAACCCGGGCCCCCCGCAGUGAAAGCGCCAAGUCCUAACCACUGGACUGCCAGGGAAUUCCCAGCUGUAGUAAUUUUUAAACAACUAUGUUUUUUCCCUCAAAAUAUUUUUCAUGUUAUUUCAGGACCCUUAACAAAGCAUACAUCUUUAGUAAUAUGACUAAAUCCCCUAUAGCUCUUCUGUUGACAAAACUGUUCUGCCAGUUGAAAUGUUCAGUAAAGCCCUCACAAAUAUUCUAUUUACCCACCUUAAGUGGGUAUUGCAAAAAAGAUUAAUUUCCAAGUAUAGCAUAGCUUUUAGAUCACGCAGUGUCUUAAAAUUUUGAGUAAGGCAUACUUUGAGCAAAUAAGCUUAAGAUCACAUUGCCUUUCCUUUGCAAGUAAAAGGAAGGGGCGUCUCUAAGUCAUUUAAUAAGCGUAUUUAGUGAACAGUAUUCCUAUUACUGCAUUUUCCUGGCUUAAUUUGACUGCUAAAGAAAUUUAAAGUCUGAUUUUUCCAUUUGCAUUUCUAACAGAUCCUACCAGAAAUAAAUACCAGAGUAUAAAACCUUUUGGUGUCGUUCUGAACAUUACCUAUUCCCAUAGUUGAAUCCAUAGGACACAUUCCAAUAAGGGCCUCUUCUAUUCUGUUUCCCUUUUAUGCAGAGCUGAACAGCUGGCCCACCAUGGACCCCUCUUCCUUGGGGAAGUGACUUCUCUCAUCACUACUAACAACCAGAAAAUUUAUUACCACUGAUGUAAAAUAAUUUUUUUUGAGUGUUUAGAUUCCUUCUCGUCUGAACCCAAAGUUAAAUUUUCAUUGUCAAGUAUGUGGAGCAGAGAUUAAAUAACCACGUCAGAGAACCCACUAUAAAAUAUUGUCUUCUCAGACCUCACUAGAGUAGGUACCUUUUGCCUUUUUUAGUCUUUUGGUUCUUAUUCCCACAAUCAUUACAACACUAUCAUUAUUUACAGUAAAUUAUUUGAGCAGUGAAAACUUUCACCAUUUGGAAGUUAUUUAGAAAAGAAUCUGGACUAUUUAGAUGCAUUUUUGUAGUAAAUCUGGUGACUUAAACACUGUAAAAUCUUUUUAAACAUUUACAUGUGAAUCCAGCAUCCCUUUUUACUUUGUAAAUGGGGCCAAGGAUGAAAUCCAGAUGUUCUCCCUUUGUAUUGGUAUUAUCUCUGUAUGAUAUCUAAGUAUAUCUAAGGAAAACUAAAUUUAAAAUUAUUUUGCUUAUUUCAUAUUAGUUCUUGCCUGUCUUCUGCAACAUGGAAUUAGCUUCUUCAUCUUUGUUUCUCUAAAUCGAAUGUUUUGGGUCCCCUCCUCCUUUUUACAACUUUUUUCAGCUGUUGUUUUCCCUUGAAAUACUGAUUUGGCUUUUAAAGAUAUAAUUUAUCACAAUUUCAGAAAUUAACGGAAUACUGUGUUGGAUGAAACAGCUUGUUAAACCUGCUAACUGAAGCCUUAGACAUUGAGCUUUAUGUAACCACAAUUUGUUCUGUUUUCAGUAAAGUCAGAUUCUUUUGGGAUGUUA